GCUCCACAAGAUACUACAAUAAAAUGUAGGAUUAGCAGAGAUAAAAAAGGGGUGGAUCGGGGAAUCUAUCCUACUUAUUAUCUCCACCUGGAAAGAGAGGAUGGUAAAAAGAUUUUCCUUAUGGCAGGUCGCAAACGAAAGAAAAGUAAAACUUCGAACUAUUUGAUAUCGAAUGAUGCUACUGAUCUUUCCAGAAAUGGAGAAAGCUUUGUUGGUAAACUAAGAUCAAAUUUGAUUGGAACUCGUUUUACAGUAUACGAUAAUGGUAUAAAUCCUGCGAAAGGUUCAGUUGGCAUUGACGGAAGUAGUAAUAGAGAAGAGCUCGCCGCCAUAAUAUACGAUACCAAUGUUCUUGGUUUCAAAGGACCUAGAAAAAUGACAAUUCUUAUCCCUGGGAUGGAUGCAAAUCAGGAAAGAGUGGCUGUUAGACCGAGAAAUGCUAAUGAAACAUUAUUAGAGAGAUGGAAAAGUGGUAGAAUGGAUAAUUUAUUAGAACUGCACAAUAAAGCACCUGAAUGGAACGAUAAUACCCAAUCAUAUGUUCUUAACUUUCACGGGAGAGUAACUCAAGCAUCAGUAAAGAAUUUUCAAGUUGUUCAUGAUAAUGAUGUUGAUUACAUCAUAAUGCAGUUCGGUCGGGUAUCAGAAGAUGCUUUCACUAUGGACUACAAAUAUCCGUUAUCGGCAUUGCAAGCUUUUGCUAUUAGCUUAAGCAGUUUUGAUGGAAAAUUGGCUUGUGAAUGA